AUGUGCAAGUUCGAACAUGUUGGUGAGAAACGUGGUGCUGUUCGGAGUAGAGUCGACCCUGCGGAGAUUCCGACGCCGCGACACCCGUUGAUCCAGAUAAUGGAAAGGUGCAAUCUGCCGGUAGUAGAGGAGGUACCCUUGGCUACGACCCCUAGUGUGAGUGGCAGUAAGCCUGAGGUCAGUGUGACACCACAGCCUACUGCUGUUGCACCUGCUACCGUGCCUGAUGUUAUCGACGUGUACCCUGCGAAAUUGAAAUUUGGAGAGAAGGAAAGGGUUGUUAGACUUGAAGGGCAUAUCACAAUCGGAGAGCUAUUGGCGAAGUAUGGUUCCAAGUCCAAUUUGAAUGUGUGCAAGGACACAGAUGGGGUCGAGUUAGAUCACGACUUAACGCUAUCCCAGGUUCGAGCUUUAGCGGGCUGCAAGGAUGCAUCGGAUCCCGUACAGUUGGAAUUGGCCGCUGAAGAAGAGUGGUAA